AUGUCCACAUCCAUUCCGACAUCAGCACGCACAGUCGUGCUCCAAAACCACCCCUUAGCAGACCAAGACGUUGAUCUGUCUUCUUCGCCGUCGGGAACGUUUACUGUCAAAGAGAUCCCUCUCGCACAUCCAAUCCCGGAAGACUCACUCCUCGUUCAAACGCUCUACCUCUCCAAUGAUACUGGAAUUCGACACUUCAUCGAGAAGUCGGCCAAAUACGAGGAUGAUAUCCCCACUCUCCCGCUCGGGUCACCGAUCCUAGUGUUCAGAUCAAUCGUGCGCGUCAUUCAGGUUGGCGGAGGCGACGGUGUUGGAUCGUUCAAAGCUGGGGAUAUUGUUGAGAUGUGGCAAUCCCAGUGGGCGGAUUAUGUCGUUGUGAAGAAGGACAAAGCGAGACCAAUAAAGCAGAGACUUGGAAUAAGCCUUAGUGCCCAUCUAGGUACCAUCGGAAGUCCUGGAGCCUCAGCAUAUUGGGCACUGACAGACGUCUUGAAAACGAAACAAACUGGCACGAUUGUUGUGAGUGGUGCUUCAGGAGCAGUUGGAAACGUAGCAGUCCAAUUCGCGAAGCAUGUUAUGGGAGUCAAGAAUGUUGUCGGUAUUGCGAGUAGCGACGAGAAGUGCAAGUGGUUAAAGAGUAUCGGAGCAGAUGACGCAGUAAACUACAAAAGUCCGACAUUUGUAGGAGAUCUACGAAAGGCGACUCUGGAUGGUGUUGACUCGUUCCUGGACAACGUCGGCGGGUUUAUUCUAGACGAGGUGAUGAUGCGCAUGAAAUCUCAUGGUAUCAUCUGUGCAAUGGGGUUCAUGGCUGGCGAGUUCAUCAUCCUUCUUUCCCUUGAAUCGCUGUGGUUAACUUGA